ACAGGAAGUUGAUUCGUAUUUUCAGUCGGAAUGGGAAGUGUGUGCAGGGGGGGGGGGGGGACACACAGAAGAAGUGGGACAGACAAGAGUAAUGUGAAGGUGUCAGCCGCCCUCCAGGGGGGGGGGGUCACGAUCCCUCCGUCCGGGGACACAAAAGACGGAGGGAGAGGGGGAGAAGGAAGGAAGCCCCGCAAAGUCUCCAGGGGGGACAGACAUGAAAUCGAGGAGGACCCAAACGGGGCGUCUUUUGCGGGAAGUGUCACUGCCAACGCAAAUGGCGCAGAAUUUGGGCUCAGUGACCGGAGUGGGGAACGCCGGUGGCAUGCUGCUGCCCCGGGACCAGAGCCCCCAGGGAGUGGAGGAGAUUCAAAGCGGCGGGGGUCGGUCGAACUGCGGGGGCCCGGGCGCCGGCACCACCAUCGGGAAUCGGAGCCAUGCCCACGGGAGGAACGGGUGCCGGAGGGCCGCUGCUGGGCACUGGUGUCGAGCCAAUGGCUGGUAGCCGUGGCAAGGACAGAUACCCGACCAACGGGGCCGAGAGAGGGGCGCCCGCUGGGGUGCUUGUGGCGGUCGCGGAUGUGACAGUCGCCACCGACGCCGCCGACGCCGACGACGCCGACGCCGACGCCGCCGAGGGCGGAACCCCUCGACGAGCAACCGCCGUGGUGGAUUGCCACCACGAGGGAAGCUGAGGCUCGGCGCUUCCAGCCCCCGAGUCCGAGGCAGAUGCCAUGCUGGUGGCCGCGGAGGAACGCGACCGCGACCCCAUCGCGGCCUCGGCUACACCGGCACCACUGCCGCCAGAUGGGAUGCCCGUGGCGGGAGCAACAUGCCCGAGAGUGGCCAUGUUGAAGUGCGCAAACUCCGUCACCAGGUCCAAUUCCUGCUGAACAGCAUAGCAGUAACUGACGAUCGUGCUGGCGGUCUCGAGCCAGGCCGGGGCAAGAUCCUCAUCACAGGCGACAAAGCAAUCGGCCCCGGCCGAGGUCGACCUGUCAGCGGCUGAGGAGCACACUUGGCCGGGAGGAGGGCCCUCCUCCUGCGGCCGGAAGGCCCGGGCAAGGGACACACGCGCCGGGUCUGCGGGGCCCCGAGUGGCCAUUGUCGAGGCCGAACUGGCAGCCAGGCGAGAGAAGGGGGCCCAGUCUUCCAGCAGGGGUAGAACCACCACCAAGGCCAGGGUCACAAGGCGUGCCGAGGCCAAUGACGAGGCCAGGGCCAGACGCAGGGCAUGGCCCGGAUCAUCUGGCGGCCCGUGGAUCAGUAGGGCUCGAAGACAGCGCUGGCAAUUGGACCGGCGAACACAUGCGGUCCGCCGGUCCUGCGGGAACACCGGCAGAGGAGUAUCGCCGGUGCCCUCCGACACACCGAGGCGCAGGUGGAACAGGAAUUCCGGCGUAAGCAGUUGGUAUGAGUGAAGACGGAAGGCGAUGAAACGCGCGGCGCAGAGGGGCCUCCCGGACAGGGUUAGCGCCAUGGCCCAGAGACGAUCUACCGCUCGGCGAAGAUCAGAUGGCAGAGCACGCUCGAUGGCCAGCGAGCCGAUGGGCAGGAGUCCGGAUUGUUCGGAAGCCCCGGCCAACAAUGCGGCCGCAGAGGCCGGCUGAGUGGCCAACGGGGGCGGCCCAUUCGGUGGACACAGGGGAAUCGUGCGCAAGAGGGGAAAGUGCUCCGGGUGCACAGCGCACAAGCCAGCCGGCGGGGGGGGGAGUGUCGUGCCGAUGCCCUCAUGCAUGUGGAAGAAGCCCAACAGCUCCGCAUCGAUCUCGGUGUCAAUGAGACGCAACGAUCCGAGCGCGCGGAUGGGAUCCCCGGCAAUCACCGACGCCGAAGCCAUGAUGGCCAGGGAGUGGAAGUCCGCCAAUCGCCGGCGGUAAUGCGAUCGCAUCCGACGAUGGUGAUGCAGUGCCAGAGCCAGGGUCGACUCGUCGAGACUUGAUCCCGGAGGGGCUGGCCCGCUGGGGGUGGGUGCCCCGGGGAAGGGGGCCGUCGCUCCCGAAGCUCCACCGGGGGUAUGGCCAGUGGUGGAGGUGGCCGUGGGGAUGCCGGCGCCGGCGGCACCGGCGCCGGUCCCUUGUGUGCGCGGGAAAGGCGGCAGAGGCGAGGCAGCGGCCCGUUGCUCGGAGGCGAUGAGCAGGGACCGGGCAUUGACAGCACACUGAUAGGCAUAUUGGGCCUGCCCAAUGAAGUCGGGCUGAGGAUCGGAAGGCCGAUGGCCGGCUGUCGGCUCGACGCCAGAACCACCAUCAAUGACCAUUGGGAAGGCAAAGAAUCCCGGAACCGGUGGCAUUGCCGCGAGGGUGGUCGCCUCACGCCGGGCCCGAGUGAUAAGGCUGUUGCGAAGGGCCUUCUCGGCACAGCGCAGCCACCCGGUGGCGGAAAGGGCCCGGUCCCAAGAGAUCGCCUCCUCGAGGCUGUCAUCUAGUGGCAGGAUCGGAGCUGUCAGGCCGGGGAUUCCCCAGGCGGCCGGGGAGGGAAGCCGACGCUCCGACAUGCCGACCGGGCGAUUCAUCAAGCCCACGGUUCCCAAAGACCGGACCACAUCGUGAAGGUCACCGGCCGGGUCAGUCCAUUCCUGGGCAAUGCGUCGAGUAGGGGGAGCGGCACUCGCCGAGGGGGGAGGGGUGGGAUCGGUUGAAUCGGUCGAUUCGGCCGAUUCAGUUGAAUUGGGCGAGUCUCGGGUGCGACCAGCGACAUCGGCCGGGGAAGCUGACGUGGACGAGGCGCUCGAGGGGACGGGCUCCGAAGGAACGGGGGCCGAUCGCGAGGCAGGCGGGCUGCCGGGAGCCGCGCGGGCCAGCUGCCGAGAUGCUUGGUACUGGCGGAGGACCUGCCGAGCGUAGGAGUACCAAAAUUCGGACUCACGGCCCUGGCCGCGUGCGGCGGCGACCGCACCAAAGGCCGACAGCACACGCGACUGGUCGAGAAGACCCGCCGGGCCGGUGCCAGAGCUGGCCAAUGAAGAGAUGGACACCGGGGUGCCUGGGGCCGGAAGGCCAACCAGGGCCCCCGCCUGGCGGAGGAGCUUGUCGAGAGUGUGAUCCGCCCGGAGGAGGGAUUGGACACUGUGGAGCCCAAGGCGCUCCAGGCGCGGGGGCGGGGAGACCCCGGGCGCCACGGCGGCGAAGCGCUUCAAUUCCCGAGCCGCACCCCCGGCAAUUGCCACCCGUGCCGCCCGGUCGGUCAGACCAAAUUGGAUGCGCAGAAGCAGGACAGUCAGGUCGGACUCGCCAUCCGGCGCGGAAGAGGCGGCCGAUUCGAUGGAUAGACGGGCUUGAGCCCGGCGCCGAGCAGCUUCGGCCGACACGAAAGAAGCCAACAAGAGCCCAUUGGUCCGGAGCCCGAGCGAACCAUCGGUUAUCGGGGGCGAAAGAAUGGGAAUCAGGUCCGAAAGGGAGGCCCCCUGUGAGAGGAAGUUCCCCACGGCACCGGCCAUGGCCACGUCGAUGCGAGCACGGUAGGCGGCCACGACGGCGGCCACGCCACGCCCGCCCAGCGCAAAUGGCCCGACAUCCAGGGCAUUCUCGAUGCAUGAAGCCACCUCCCCAAGAAAGACAUUGUCCCCGGAGAGGGAGGGCGUGAUGGCCAGAUGCCGACCGAGAUCCGCCCCGGCCAGGGGCACCGGAUGACCAUCAGGCCCGGGGUCCUGGCGGACCGACAGGACAUGGCACGCCGCAUCGACCGCAUGCGACCAGGCCUCGGCAAGAUAGGACUCGACGCGUGCCAGGCGCCGGCUGGCGGCGCCGGCCCGACCAAGACGCAGCAAGGCAUCCACCCGAGUCAGCUCGGCUCGGACGAUGAAUCGAUCGAUGGUCAGGGUGGCGAUGGUCGAGGGUGAUGCCCCGCCACCGGGGGGAGGUGCGCCGGACGGCAGGGAAGCAUUUGGGCCGUUGUCUGCGCCGGGCAGAGGCCCUGGCACGGGGACCGUGUCGAUUCCCUGGGGCAGGCCAUAAAACUGAAAGACCGCCGAGGUGAUGGCCUCGGCAGCGGCCGACAGCCGGAGCUCCGGCGUCACGGAAAAGAAGCCGCGGAGAUACUCGAAGCAGGCCCGCCACCGGCAUGCCUGCCAGUGUACCACGGCCAAGUUCCAGAUGAUCACCCGAGACCCGGCGUGGUGGUCGUCCGUUGUGGGAAGGCCAGCUGACUGGGCUGGCAAAAGGGGCUCUGUCGGCAGGCGCGGGUAAUGGCUUGGCUGUUCGGCGGCGGCUGCCGCCGCGGCUGCUGCCGCCGCGG